UCUGUCUCGCGCUUGUGUCUGAAGCACCGUCUGAGCCUCCUCCCUCAUCUCAACAAGCAACGGCAGCACGAGAACAAUUCGAAUCGGCAAUCAUGCGGUCGCGCGGAGAAUUCACCCAUUCUCGCGCCUCCCUUCCUGAACGAGGUCCUUAAAUUACCCACGACCACUAAGGAUCUCGCCCUUUCCUUGUCCGGAUCAUGGCAUGCGCCCCAUCCCGGACUUCCACACGCGCGGCGCCGAGGCUCGAGAGCAGUGAACAUGGGAAUCAGGUCCAGAAAUGCCACUAACGGUGCCGAGGACUCGCGCGAGCAGAAGAGCGCGCUGGCCGGAGACCUGGAGCAGUGCGCGGGGCAGGAACGGGACGGCGCGCUGCUGCUCGUCGGCUCGGGCAGGGAACCUGACUUCAAACGGGGCUCGCAGAACAUCGGUCUGCUCGCCAAGACGCCACUUGGCUACACACGUCCCGUGAAGAGGAAUAAUAUCAGGAAGCGACGGAUACAGAAUCUCAUCUACGACGUGCUCGAGAGACCACGAGGAUGGGCGCUGCUGUACCACGCGUUUGUGUUUCUGAUUGUUUUGGGAUGUCUGAUUCUGUCAAUUUUAACAACGUUCAAAGAGCACGAGGAAGAUUCGGCUCACUGGCUGGUGAUUCUGGAGACAUUUACAAUCUUUAUUUUUGGAGGCGAGUUUGCAUUGAGGAUAUGGGCCGCCGGCUGCUGCUGUCGAUAUAAGGGCUGGAGAGGACGGCUCAAAUUCGCCCGCAAACCGCUGUGUGUCCUGGAUAUCUUUGUACUGAUUGCUUCGGUGCCGGUGGUUGCCGUACGAAACCAGGGAAAUGUGUUGGCCACGUCGCUGCGCAGUCUGCGCUUCCUGCAGAUCCUUCGAAUGCUACGAAUGGACCGCCGCGGAGGCACCUGGAAACUGCUGGGAUCUGCAAUAUACACACACAGCAAGGAGCUGAUCACAGCGUGGUACAUCGGCUUCCUGUCAUUGAUCCUGGCUUCCUUCCUAGUGUACCUGGUUGAGAAGGAUGAAGUUACCAUGGAGCUAACAGAUAUGGAGGGUUCCUCCCCAACACCAGCCCCGCAGGACUUUGAUACCUAUGCAGACGCCCUCUGGUGGGGACUGAUCACCUUGACAACCAUCGGUUACGGUGACAAGACCCCAAAAACGUGGGCAGGGCGUCUUUUAGCCGGGACCUUCGCUCUUAUCGGUGUGUCAUUUUUUGCUCUUCCAGCCGGUAUUCUUGGGUCUGGGUUGGCCCUGAAGGUGCAGGAACAGCACAGGCAGAAACACUUUGAGAAACGCAGAAAUCCUGCAGCUUCAUUAAUACAGGCUGCAUGGAGAUACUACUCCACCAACCCCGUCAGAGAUGAUCUCAUCGCCACAUGGAGAUUCUAUGAGACUGUGAUCUCUCUGCCAUGCUUCAGGAAGGAGCCUCUUGAGGUUAUGGCUAGUCAGAAGUUGAGUUUGUUGGAACGUGUGCGGCUGUCAACUCCGAGACCAUCGACGGUAAGGGCCCGUGUGAUGAUGCCUGCUGCCAAUCCUGAAAGUGUGUCAGGGAACUGCGGGCCAGCAGAGGCGAUUGAGGAGAGUCCAUCAAAAGAGGGCAAACCAGCAGGGUUCAGUAACAGAGAGAGAUUCAGAACUGCUUUCAGAAUGAAGGCCUACGCCCUGAGACAGAGCUCAGAGGAUACAGGUGGUUUGCCUGAUCCAACUCCUGAGGAGAAGGUCUUCCCACCGGACAUACUGCUGGAGGAGAUGAUUCCAACUCUCAAAUUAGUCAUAAGAGCACUGCGGAUCGUAAUAUUCCUGUUGAGUAAGAAGCGUUUUAAGGAGACUCUGAGGCCAUAUGAUGUAAAGGAUGUGAUUGAGCAGUAUUCUGCAGGACACCUGGACAUGCUCACCAGAAUCAAAUAUCUACAGACACGACUAGAUCUGAUACUGACACCAGGACCGCCUCUCACUCCAAAACACAAGAAACCCCAGAAACCACCAUUUCCAUACCCCACCCAGCAGUCACCUAGACAUGAGUCAUAUCUUGCCAAAGCAGGCCUGCCAGAUCCCGAAGACCAAAGCAUGAUGGGAAGAUUUGUGCGGGUUGAGAGACAGGUAGAAGACAUGGAGAAGAAACUGGAUUUCCUGGUGGAUAUGCAUAUGCAACAUGACCUCACAGGCCCCGGCCACAUGACCAUGGAGCGCUGCGACCCCACGCUGACUGUCCGCCUCGCAGGCGACCGCGUGUACUGCAGCUACGGCCCGCCGCUGCACAAUGCACCAUAUUACAUGUGCUCUGACGCACACCCACCGAGACCGACUGUCCUGCCCAUCAGCCCACUGCCAAGCCACUCCCCAUCCUCCAACGUCAGCCAAUCGGGAGGCCGCAGGGUGGGAACGCCGCUGUCGCUGUUGUCGGUCACUCACGAGGAGCUGGAACGCUCGCCCAGCGGAUUCAGCAUCUCCGCCGAGAAAGAGGAGGUCACGGGUAAGGCCUCAGGGUUAACGGCGGGGUCGAGCUGGGGCCGCGACCGCCGAUAUUUAGCCGAGGGCGAGACGGAUACGGACACUGAUCCCUUUACCCCCAGUGGACCUGUUCCACUCUCGUCCACCGGAGACGGGUUCGGCUCCGAUGGAACGUGGGGAACACCACCCUAAAGACGCACUAACACACACUCUUCAUAAUGACUACAGACUUUGUACAGCACAAAACGACAAAUAAAGACAAACAUAAUACUCAUCAUAUCUAAAUAUGUAUCCACUUCACGCUUUACCCCUGCAAAGCAAAGAGCACUGCAUGGAAUGCAUGCGUUUUAUCUCUAGUGGUAGACACUGCACUUGGCAGAACGAGACUGUGUGGUUAUAUUUGACUGGGAACUUUAAGGGAGGAGAACAAAACAGAUGCUAUGCCAUUUUUGUAAGCAUUUAUUUUUCUAUUUACACAUCUUUUCGUAUGCAUGGACUGCAUGACUCAUCCACGGAGGAGCUUAAUGUAACGUAUCGACGUCUCCGGUUUGCACUUGUUUUCGUUUCGAAUACUUCGGUUUGAGGAAGCUUCUUUCUCUGCACAUCUUGAGCUCGUUUUUAAGUUCCUUUUGCAGAUUGUAUAAACCUUUUUACUCUGGUCAGCAUGAACUGCACUCUGAGACAUCUCAUAUUUUUCAGCGAAUGCACGUCGCCACUAGCUAAGGACCAAAAACAGAGCCUCAGUUAGGAAUUCCUUAAGUGUCUGGCCUUAAUCCAACCAAUGAGCACACACCGUCUGUGAGCGGCACAAAAACUGCCAGCUCAAUGAACAUUGCCACUGUACCGUGGGACCAACUUUCCCAUGGUAACUACAGCUUCCUUAUGGAAACCCUACAUCAAUCACAUGGAUCAUUCCAGGGUAAGGGAGGGCUUGUAGUCGCUCAAUUGACAGUGAAAAAUGAUCAAACUUUACUCUUAGACAGCAGAAUUCUUUUUUAACAUUGACCAGUUUACCUAACAAUAGUUAAUACAGUAGUUACACUUACUGAAUGGUUUACUCCAAAACAAAUUCUUAGGUCUUCCAAAAGGUUUCAGCUUGAACAGAUCCUGCGUAAAUUCACUGUUCAAAUGUGAAUUUACUGUCUGUUUUUGUUGUAAAAUUAAUUUAGUUUGUAAUGUCAGUUCU